AUGGCUGCCGGAGGAGCGGGAUGCGGCGACACGGUGGAGGAGUGCCGGGUCGAAGUGGAGCGCCUGACCCGGGAGCUGGCGGAGGCCAACCGCGAGAAGGUCCGGGCGGCGGAGUGCGGGCUGGUGGUGCUGGAGGAGAACCAGAGGCUGAAGCAGCAGUACGCCGACCUGGAGGCCGAGCAGGAGGCGCUGAGGCUGGAGCUGGAGCAGCUGCAGGAGGCCUUUGGCCAUGCCUACUCCACCCAGCGUAAGGUGGCCGAGGAUGGGGAGAACAACGAGGAGACGCUGCUGCAGGAGUCUGCCACCAAGGAGGCCUACUACGUGGGCCGCAUCCUGGAGCUGCAGUCCGAGCUGAAGCGCAGCCGGGAAGCUGCCUCCAACGCUCAGGCUGACAACGAGCAUCUGAGCACCCUGCUGCAGGAGCUCAGGGAGAGUAAUGAAAUGUUGGAGCUGCAGCGCAGCCGCAUGAGGGAGGAGAUCAGGGAGUACAAGCUCCGAGAUGCGCGGCUGCUCCAGGACUACACUGAGCUGGAGGAGGAGAACAUCUCUCUGCAGAAGCUGGUGUCAACCCUCAAACAGAACCAGGUGGAGUAUGAAGGCCUGAAGCACGAGAUCAAGGUCUUGGAGGAGGAGACUGAACUCCUCAACAGCCAGCUGCAGGACGCGCUGCGUUUGAAGGACAUCUCUGAUACGCAGCUGGAGGAGUCUCUGGAGUCCCUGAAGAGUGAGCGUGAGCAGAAGAACCACCUGCGCAGGGAGCUGGUGCACCACCUCAGCAUGUGUGACGUGGCCUUCACCGGCAGUGCCCACCUGACGUUCAUCUCGGCCCCGCCCAGUGGCACCGCCACCCCGACAACUCUGCUGUCCCCAAACGCAGAUGACAGAUGUAACGGCCACCUUCAGGGCGGGACCGCAGCAGGGACCGCGGCAGCGCUGGGGGCCAGGCCCAACGGAGAGUGCCGAGGGCCGGGUCGCAAAGCUGAGGGAGUGACCACGUCGGACCUCUACAGUGAGAUGAACCUGACAGAGAUCCAGAAGCUCAAGCAGCACAUAAUGGCCGUUGAACGUGAGAAGGUAGCACUGAUGACGAGUCUGGAGGAAUCCCAGACUCAGCUCCAACACACCCAGGGAGCCCUGACGGAGCAGUAUGAAAAGACCCUCCGUCUUAGCCAGAAGGUCACCGCCCUCCGCCGUCUCAGAGAUGACGAAGAGGCUGAAGGCGAAGGGGACACAGAGGACUUUAAGAGUGAGACACUGAACAAAAGUCAGCUAUUUUCAUACCAAACGCCGGGUCUGGAGAUCCUGCAGUGCAAGUAUCGUGUUGCUGUGACUGAGGUGGUGGAGCUAAAGGCAGAGCUGAAGUGCUUUAGAGAGAGACUGGCUCAGUGUGGGGAGGGAGGAGGAGAAAGGCCGAAUCGAAGCAGCCAGCACCAGAAGCUGGAGCGGCAGGUCGCUUCGUUGGAGAAGAGCUGCCGGGAGGGACGCGAGAAGAUUUCGAGUCUGGAGUCCGAGUUGCAGGCAGCUCAGUCAGGAGCCAGUGAGAGCCGGGGGGCACUGAACGCAGCUCAGGAUGAGCUGGUGAUGCUGAGUGAGGAGCUUGCACAGCUCUACCAUCACGUCUGUCUGUGCAACAACGAGACGCCCAACCGCGUCAUGCUGGACUACUACAGACAAGGCAGAGGACUGAGGGGCGUCGCUGCCAGUCUCAAAGCCAUGUCCUUGGACAACAGCAAGGUUCUCCUCACACCGCGCCUCGCAAGGCGGCUGGCUGCUGUUGCCGCUGCAACCUCGAAUCCCGGGGAGUCGAGGAGUCCCUCGGAGUCUCCAUCCAAAGAGCGCCUGUGUAGAGAGGCUGGAGGGGAGGAGAAGGUCCCAUCUGAGCAGAACCCGCAAGCCUGCACACCUCCUACCCGCUCACCCAGUAUCAGUGCCUCUUCAUCGUCAUCGUCAUCAUCAUCGCCUGCCCUGGAGCCGUCCAGUGAGCUGCGCAAGGAGCCAAUGAACAUCUACAACCUCAACGCCAUCAUCAGAGACCAGGUGAAGCACCUCCAGCAGGCCGUUGACCAGUCUCUGCAGCUGUCCAGACAGAGAGCUGCAGCCAGGGAACUGGCCCCUCUGAUGGACAAGGACAAGGAGAGCUGCAUGGAGGAGAUCCUGAAGCUCAAGUCUUUGCUGAGCACAAAGAGAGAGCAGAUAGCCACCCUCAGACUGGUGCUGAAGGCUAACAAGCAGACAGCAGAAGGGGCUCUUGCCAACCUUAAGGGUAAGUAUGAGGCAGAGAAGUCCAUGGUGACCUCCACCAUGAUGAAGCUGAGGAACGAGUUGAAGGCCCUGAAGGAGGAUGCUGCUACUUUCUCCUCUCUGCGAGCCCUGUUCGCAACCAGGUGUGACGAGUAUGUGAUCCAACUGGAUGAGAUGCAGAGACAGCUGGCUGCCGCCGAGGAUGAGAAGAAGACUCUGAACUCCCUCCUCCGGAUGGCCAUCCAGCAGAAACUGGCCCUCACCCAGCGCCUGGAGGAUUUAGCUUUCGAUCAAGAGCAGACCCACCGCACCCGUGGGGGAAGGCUGACCCGUGGGAGGACCAGCACCCCCAAAGUAAGUCCCCCAUCCUCGACUUCGGCCUCCAACCUAGCCCAAGGCUAUACUUCAUCCUUUGGCCCUGGCAGCCUCCUCGCUUCUGGCCUUAAUAGUUCUUCGUCAAUUGUUCCUGAUGAUUCCACUUUGUCUUUUUGUCAGUCCAUGAUCAGUGCAGCACUGGCUUCACCUCUUACCUCCCCUACCUCACACAUACCUCCUCGCAGUCCAUCAUCAGCAAUGAUCACCUCACUGGCUGGUCUUGUAGCGUCAGAGACCCCCCCAUUCCUUGAGGCCCCCUCUUCUACCUCGGCACGGACCCCACCCUCAACCCCUCUGAGGCUGGCUUCCUCCCAGUGGACCCUGGGGGUGCGAACAGUUGUGGUCGACUCCCAAAGUUUCAAUGUCAACAUCUCCCCUACUCUGCCCCGUGGCUUAGGCUCUACAGUCUCCAGGCACUACACCUCAGACACAUACACCUCUCCCCCGUCUACCACCACCACCAGGCCCACCCCGUUAGGAUCUGCCCCCUCAUCUCCAUAUCGUUCCCCUCUUGUUGGUCUCAGGCGCUCCACAUGGAGCCCCACUCCCCGAACUCGACCCCUCUCUAGCCUGACUCGCUCUUCUGCCCAAUACUCUCAUUCCUCGCCAUCCCCUUACUCCCCUUCUUCCUCCCACAGCUACUCCCCUUCCUAUUACAGCUCCUCCUCUGCUUUCAUGCCCUCUAGCCCCUAUCUCACCUCUAGCACCUCCACCUCCCACAGCCACACUAGCCACUACACACCCCUGUACCCCAGAUACAACAGUUCUUACCGGCCCCGGCAUUGA